GUCAACUUGUCAAGAAAAAACGUAAAUCAUUACAAAAGUAUCACCUAAAAACCAACAAACAAAUUGCGAUAAGCGAAUAAUUCUUAUUUGUUAUUUAUUUUAUUAUUUUGAUUAUACAUUUGUAUAAUGCUGUUUGAGAUGCAGCCGUUUACCGCUUUUAUGAAUGUAGAAAGUACUCGUUCUUACAUCGAUAAUUUAUAUUCACAAGAUCCAAAUAAGUGCUUAGCGUCUAUUAUAUGCAUAAAGAACUCUGUGAUUGGGUCAAAUCGCCAAAAAGAAAGUGUUAUAGCUCAAGGUAUUGUCCCGCGAUUAAUAUAUCUCUUGAAAGACAGAAAUGCUAAAGUAGCAGUAAGAGUAGAAGCUGCUGUUACAAUUGGAUCUUUAGCGAAAGGCACCGAAGAUCACAUCGAGCUGCUUAUAAAUUCAGGAUCUGUUGAAGUACUUUUAGAUGUUUUAGAAGAAAAUGAACCAGGACUCAUAGAUGCUUGUUUAUGUUGUUUACGCACCUUGUCACAACAAAGUUACAGUUGUAAUACAAAAUACUCUCUCAAUAAUCUACAAAAACUUCUUAGCUUUGCUGGACCGAAAGAAAGUCUACAACGUCAGUCGUGCGUAGCUAGUAUUAUAAGUUCUGCAUGUAAAAGACCUGCCGAGCAAAAUGCUCUAUGUUCGGUUGGUGCUCCAGCUAUUCUGGCUUCUUUAUUAACAGUUCAAAAUUGUUCUGUUAGAAUUCCAGUUGUUACAUGCUUAGCAUCAAUGUGUUGGAACAACCAAGUGGUUGCUAAUGAAAUAGUUAACACAUCAUGCAAGGAUAUUAAGAUUCCUAACUAUCUGGCUACUUUAAUAUCUAGGGAUAGACCUGUUGAAAUGCAACUGGAAGCUGCUAGAUGUCUUACAAAUCUUCAUCGAGCAGGUGCAAUACCUCCAUAUGAUCCCAUUAUAACCUAUCGUACUCUUCCUUGUCUUGUUCGACUUUGUCAGGUGGAACAUUUAGAAGCUCAUAGAGCCUUAGCAGCUGAUACUCUAGCUUAUUUAACUGAAGUAGACAGUAAUUUGCAACAGGUGGCUGCUAUAAGUAACCAGUUAGUGAGUGCUUUGGUAGAUCUUCUAAAAUGCCCCAGUAUUGCAGCAAGGCAAGCUGCUUUCAGAGCAUUUGCGUCAUUGGGAGCAAAUGAUGAAGAUAUUAGAAAACGAAUAAUUGAUACAAAAUGUUUAAUGGACAGCAUCGUUGAUGGUUUAGGAGAUGAAAAUAAAGAAAUUAGACUAGCUGCUGUCCGUUGUCUUCAUUCGCUAAGUCGUUCAGUUCAACAGUUGCGUACUACUUUUCAGGAUCAUUCUGUCUGGCGUCCAUUAAUGACUUUAUUAACUGAUUCUCCUUGCACCGAAUUAUUAACUGCUGCAUCCUCCGCUCUCUGUAAUUUAUUAUUGGAGUUUUCUCCAGCGAAAGAACCAAUGCUUCAACAAGGAGUCGUUCAAUUACUGGCCACUCUGACGUCUCAGCCCGAUCCCUCACUUCGAUUGAAUGGUGUCUGGGCUUUAAUGAAUCUUGCGUUUCAAGCUGAACAACGGGUCAAAUCUCAAAUACUCACGGCUUUAGGUACCGAUCAGAUAUUCAGACUUCUAGCCGAUUCCGAUACUCGAGUACUCAUGAAAACAUUAGGCCUAUUGCGUAAUCUGGUAUCUCCUCGAACUCAUACAGAUACAAUGAUGGCACUACAUGGUCCUCAAGUUAUGCAAGGGGUAGUUUUAGUAUUAGAAGGACCGCACACUCCUGAAGUUAAGGAACAGGCUCUUUGUAUAUUGGGGAAUAUCGCUGACGGUGAAAGAGCAAGAGAUCAUAUAAUGUCUAACGAAGACGUACUUAAAAAACUUAUCGAUUAUAUGAACCACCCAGCUCCCUGUUUGCAAGAGUCUGCUGUCUUUUGCAUUAACAAUUUAACAAGAAGAGGAGAACCUGGUGCUAUUGAAAGGCAGUCGAGGUUGAAAGAUCUGGGAGUAGUUAAUAUUCUUCAGCAACUGUUGAGUACAUCAGAUACUAUUCUGUUCAACAGGGUGAAAGCAGCCCUCACUCAAUUUGCCGAUGUAUGAAUUUGGUUUACCCUUUUAAGUCUUUACGACCCCUAGAUAUGAUUUCAAUGUGAUGUGUAGACUGAGGUGUAAUUUUACUAAAAUGAUUUUACCUUUUUAACAAUUCUAUUACAGAGAUUGUAAUAAAAUUCAACUCUAAAAAAUGUACCUUAUAGUGUUUAAAAUUUGUGUUAUAUAUUUAAAUUAUACACAAAUAUAUAUGUUAAAGAUA